AAUACGUCAACGUUGUGUCUAAAUUCAACUUUAAAAAUAUAUGUUCAUUUCAUUUAGGAAAGAACGUAGGUGUAUACCCAAUACCUAUUGAUUCUCUUAUUCAUUAGCUUAAAAAGUCUUUAAUAAUACUAAGUACUAAAUAGUUACGAAAACAUGACUGAGGACGAAGAUUGUGAUAUAGAAUUUUUAGAUGAAGAUGCAGAUAUUGUUCAACAAUGUGUUCAGAAUGUUGAAAAUGAAUCCGAUAUUAAGCCUGCUUUAAUGGAAACUACACUGCUUGUUGAAAGGGUUCCUAACGAGAGACCCACUAGAAAAAGACGAAAGAAAGAAGAAGACUCAGAUUAUGAUCCCACAGAAGACCUACCAACACGAACUAGAAAAAGAAAACUUCAACAUUUUCCGCGGCAGAAUGCCACUCGCGGACGUCGAUUCGAAUCAUCAUACGUUCAUAAAACCGAGGUAAAAAGCGAACGCAAAUAUAAAAAGUCGGAUUCAAAGUCAGUUUUUCUUAAUAGAAAGUUACUUAACAUUAAAAUACCUGAUUAUGACGAUCCCUUGUGUCUACCAGUCCGAGCUAUGAAGAAGGAUGAAUGGGAUGCGAGAAAACUAAAGAAUUGGAACAAUCUGUGCUUAGAACACUUUAAACAUUUUGACAAUCCUCUAAGAGCAGAGAAAGAACAGACUGUAUCAUCAAAAAGAACAAUUGUAUUAAGAAAUAUACAUAACAAAAUGACAGGUAAAGUGGAAACAACUGUGUACAGUAAAAUUUGUGUUGAAAACAAAAAUGAAGACAAAAGAUCGGAAGUUGUGCAGUCCGUUCUUCCGAAAUACAGAGAAAAGAAAGUCCUCAAUACAUUCAGAAUAUCUGAUUACAAAAAACGUAGAACAUUUCAUCACAAGGAUGAAGUUUUAUUAACCAAAGAGGUCAAUAAAGAAGUUGAGACCUUAGUUGUAUAUAAGCCUGAAGAUAAAUUAUCAUUAGUGUACAAAAUGUUUGACAAGAAAAGUGACAAUGUUAAAGAGACAGAUGAGGAGAAUAAGAAAUAUUUGAAAGAGGUGGCCAGUUGUAGAACCUGUGCUCCCUGCUAUCAGACUUCUUGGAGGGGAUUUAAGAAGAAUGAUAAAAGGAACAUCCGGUGCCAAGUGUGCAUGCGUCCUUGUAUAAGUGUCUACAACCUGCUGGCCCACCUUAAGAGCCAUUCGGAAGAAGAUGUGCGAUCCAGCAAGAGGGCCAUCGCUAGGAGUCUGGCAUCUGUAGUUGAAUAUCAUUACAAGUGCAGGAUUUGUCAGGAACAAUUCUUGAGCAUAAAGGAAUUGAGACAACACGUCAAUACGCAUAAAGGUACAGAACCAUUUAAGUGUGAAGUCGGCAACCAUCAUACCACUUGAUUAUGUGUAACAUAUAAAAUAAUGAAUAAAAUGUAUUUUAGUACAAA